AUGGAAAACAACGACCCAGAAGGAGGUGGAGAAGGACGAAGGAGAGACAUAGAAGAAGGAGAGAAAGACAAACAGCUGAAGAACCAACUCAACAGCGAGGAGAAGGGCGAGAAAGAGAACCAGGUGGGCGGUGAGAAGGAGAGGAAGCGGGUGAGCCGGCGGUCUGGAUCACUGUGGAGGAGCGGCUGGGCGCCGAGCGAACGUCUUGCUAUCAACGUCUCAGGGAUGCGCUAUGAGACCCAGCUCCGCACCUUGGCCCAGUUCCCAGACUCCAUGCUGGGCGACCCCAGACGGCGGCUUCGCUACUUCGACCCAUUGCGCAAUGAGCUCUUCUUGGACCGCAACCGGGCCUGUUUUGACGCCAUCCUCUACUUCUACCAGUCGGGCGGGCGGCUCCGGCGGCCCGCCAACGUGCCCCUGGACAUUUUCAUUGACGAGCUGUGUUUCUAUGAGCUGGGCGAGGAGAUCAUGGCACGCUUCAAGGAGGAUGAGGGUUUCCCCAAGGAGGAAGCCCCAUCGCUGCCCGUCAACGAGGUCCAGCGGAGUCUGUGGAUGCUUUUCGAGCAUCCGGAGUCGUCAUCGGGCGCGCGCAUCAUCGCCAUCGUCAGCGUCAUGGUGAUCGUGGUGUCCAUCCUCAUCUUUUGCCUAGAGACGCUGCCUGACUUCAGGAGCGAGAAGGAGCUUCGUGAGGAGUACUUCUACAAGUACCACGCCCACGACAAGAACAUCUCCGUGCACAUGCUUCCCCCCGCCAGUGUCUUCCAGGAUCCCUUCUUCCUGGUGGAGACUAUAUGUAUCUGCUGGUUCUCUUUUGAGCUGUUCAUGCGGUUCAUCUGCUCGCCCAGCAAGAUGCACUUUUUCAAGGACGUGAUGAACAUCAUCGACUUCACAGCCAUCCUGCCCUUCUUCGUGACACUGAUCACUGAGCUGUCCAAGGACACGGAGAACGCACCGGGAAUGUCACUGGCCAUCAUCCGUGUAAUCCGGUUAGUCAGAGUGUUCAGGAUCUUCAAGCUGUCCCGCCACUCCAAGGGCCUGCAGAUCCUGGGCCAGACGCUGAGGGCCAGCAUGCGUGAGCUAGGCCUACUCAUCUUUUUCCUCGUCAUCGGCGUCAUCAUCUUCGCCAGCGCCAUCUUCUUCGCCGAGGCCGACCACAAGGACACAGCGUUCGUCAGCAUCCCUGGCGCCUUCUGGUGGGCUGUGGUUACCAUGACCACCGUGGGCUACGGUGACAUGUACCCAGAGACGGUGUGGGGCAAGCUGGUUGGCUCUAUGUGCGCCAUCGCCGGCGUGCUUACCAUCUCGCUGCCCGUGCCCGUCAUCGUGUCCAACUUCAGCUACUUCUACCACCGCGAGACGGAGUGCGAGGACCAAACCCAGUACACACACGUCAAGACCUCGCUGUGGGAGGACGAGGAGCACGAGGAGGGGGAGGAAGAAGGGGACGGAGAAGGAGAUUACAAUGCCAUAGAGGGCAUCUGCAACCCUCUGAAUAGGACUCUGUUGGGGGGGCUGUGCGCUGGGCAGAGCAGGGAGUCAAGUGGGGCAAAGAUGUACCUCAGGGAACCCCUGGUAACUCAGGUGUGA